GGUAGAUCAUUACCCAAAAGAAAUCCUCUAAAAAAGGCCAUAUGCUCAAGUGUAACUGCUACCUUUGAGAAAUAUAGACCAUAGAAAUGAUCAAUGUUAUCUUGAUAAUCUACUCUUCACCAGACUUAAGAGAUGAAUUGUUGUAUCAUACACAGAUGUAUUCUGAAGUUUUUUUUUUGAUUUGGAUUAUUCAUCUUUUUUGUGAGACGAUAGAUUCUAUAGAACUAUAUAAACCAUGCUUUUUUAGUUUUUUUCUUUUUUUUCUUUUAUUCAAAUGUCACUUAGGAUUGGUUCUAAAAAAGAAGUACUCAAAGUUGUAUUGGAUCAACCGCGACUCUAUGUUGAGGAAUCUUUGGGUUCUGUCAUGGUCCGUGGUGAAGUGAUUGUCGAUUUCCAAAAAGAUACACAGAUACAAGGUCCUAUCGAGAUUUUGUUUGAGGGCAUCCAACGUUUCUAUCCUUGGAAAGAUAUCAUGAAAGGCCCCGUUGUAGGCUCUGCUAUUGAAACAAAACUCCAAGUGAUUGAAUUGUCUUUAUUGCCACCAAAUGCAAAGGGAAUUAUGCCUUCAGGCGUACAACGCUUCCCAUUUGAAUUUCCAAUUCCUUCUUCACUUCCUAUGAGCGUCGAAAUUCCAGACCGUCUUGAAAUUUUUUAUCAACUUAGUGCAACACUCCGUCGUUCUACUUCUCAGCACGAAGAAUUCCAGUCUAUUGACUCAUUUAAUCCUGUGAACUGGAUCGAAUGGGCUCGUCGUACUACUUUCAAGAAGAAAUAUGUUGCCUGUUCUCCUAUUCGCAUUGUUCGUGCUAUGGAAUCAGUUUUUUCAGACACAUUGCCUACUACAAAUACGAUACGACAGAAUAAUGAUACAGAAACAAGUAGCACUGCAGUUGAAGAUAACAGUGAUAGCAUUAGUAGUAACCAUCAUCCAUCAACAUCUUCCACUGCUCAGCAGCCUCCCCUUCCUUGGAAUAGACGUAAUCUAGAUGCCUACUCAGGCUCUUUCGAUGAACAGCAUGACCAACUGGCUUUUUCUCUGGCUGGUCGAGCCUCAGGCAACCUACAUCAUUCUACUCACGCCUUGGCUGAUGUACAAGGUAUUCGGUACAAGAUUGGGAUUGAUCGUACAGCUGUUGCUAUUGGAACCAGCAUUGGUGUCGAAAUUAUGAUUGAACCUACUAUGGCAGAUGCUGUUGUCAAGUCUGUUUUGCUCAAGAUCACUGAGUCUCGAAACUAUUCCAUGAAAGUACCUGCGGGACAUACAUGGAAGACAACCUCGCCUGAAACGAAGCAAAUCUCAGAAGGUGUCAAGAUGGUCAUGAAAUGGGCCUAUGGACACCCUAUGGGAGAGGAAGAAACCAUGGUCUACAAAAACAAGGGCAAAAAGAAAGCAUCCGAUCUCAAGAAGAGCAGUGAAAAAUACGUUUAUCAUCGAACAGAAAACAGUCAAGGUCUCUUUUAUUUCGAUCCUCCUGAACCUGGACACAGUAAAUCUUUUUUAAAUAGUGUAGAUGAAAAAAAGAAACUUAUCAUCGAAAAUGUACAACAAGAAACUGAACUAGGUGAACCUUCUUUUUCGUCUUCAGAGCUUGCAAACCCUGAGCUUAUCAACUUGAAACAGCUGAAUCAGCCUGUCAAAUUAGGCGAGUAUUUUGGUGGUCGAUUUGUGUUGCCUGUACCAGAUUGUUCUAACAUGCUGAACCCAAGCAUGAGUUAUGAAUCCAUCAAGAUUACUCACUGGACACAACUCAUAGUUACAGUUGAAUGCAAUGGUCAAGAAUUCGAUUUGUGUCUUAAUACCCCUUCUCGUAUCCUUUGUUGCCGUUUAGUAGCAGCUGAUGAUGAAUGCCAAACAAUUCUUCCUCCUCCUCCUAGCUACGUGCCUGGUGAUAGUCGUUCUUACCGUGAAAACAAUUGGUCCACAAGUACUUUUUGGGAGCAGCGUGAGCCUAUUACUUCUGUGUCAGGUUGGGGAUCCCAUGUACCUUGUCCUUGUGAAUACAAACGACUUAAGGCUUCUAUCCUGAGCAACAACAACAUUCUCAAUAUCAGUUUGCCUAACAGUGGCCGUAACAAUAGUAGCAAGAGUAAUAAGAGCAGCAUUAGUAAUGAUAGACUAUCUGCUUCCUAUUCGCCUUCUCAUUUGCCUGAAUGGGGCCCUCCUCCAUGCUAUUCUGAAAAUCAGUAAACCUCCUUUUUUUCUUUCUUUUUUCUCCCUUUUUGAGGGACCACUUAAUCUACUAUUAUUAUCUUAAUGUAUUUCUUUCUUUGUUACAACAAACUGUCUAUCUGUGCAACAAUAUGUUGUCAUUUCUCGUACAGACAGAAACGCAUAUACUCCUGUCAAACCUGGCUCAUGCAUUAAGGAGAGAAUACGCCCUCCUGUAUAUCAAAUAAAUAUAAAUACAAUGCACAAUUCUUAUUUUGUUUUCAC